AUGAGGGAUAGCACUGCGCGACGAUGUAAUCAGCAUGCCGACCAGUUCUGCGUGUACCUUGUGGCGGAUGAAUGGCAAAUACCUGUGUAUGCAGUGGAGUUCAAAGCGCCACACAAAGUGACCAUCCCCGAACUGGUGGCGGGUCUACACCUGAUAGAUCUGGAUUGUGAUGUCAUUGACCAAGAGGGUGACAUGUUUGAGUUUUAUGCCAUCCGCCUGGUCGCGGCCGUGGUCACUCAGAUAUUCUCAUACAUGAUUGAUAGUGGCGUUCGAUACGGCUACAUCUGCACCGGGGAGGUAUUCGUGUUCCUUCAUAUCCCAAAGGAUGAUCCCACCAUUAUUCAAUAUUUCUUGUGUAUCCCGAAUCAGGAUGCGCAGGCGGAUGUGCAGGCGGACGAUGAAGUGCGCCUCCACCGGACUGCCAUCGGCCAGGUGCUUGCGUUCACGCUUCAAGCGCUGGCCGUCGAACCUCCGACUCAGAGAUGGCACGAUGUGGCACACAACCAGCUAAUGACCUGGAAGGUCAAAUAUCUUGAUAUGUUGAGAGAAAUCCCUGAGACUCUUUAUAAAGACCUGCCGGUGUCUAAUUAUUAGCUCUCUCACUGGAAACCAGAUCGGAAAAUACACAACACACGCGCUCGCGCUCGCGCGUGUUGUCAACCGGGCGUAUCGACACCGAAGUAUUCGUCCACUGAAGGCAGCGGCAGUGAUUAAGAAUUGUAUUUGCUAUCCGCCGCAGCCGUGUCCCGCAUCUGAUCGAGCCGCGGCCAAGGCAACUACCAUUAAUCAACCCGGGAAGGUGAAAGGAC